AUGGACCAUGAACUUUCAGCUCUUGAAAAAAAUGGAACAUGGAUUCUCACUGAUCUUCCAAAAGAAAAAAAGGCCAUUGGUUCUAAAUGGGUAUACAAGGUUAAAACCAAGCCCAAUGGGAAAGUUGAUAGAUAUAAAGCUCGUUUAGUGGCUAAAGGAUAUAAUCAAAUAGAGGGAUUAGAUUUUAAAGAUCAGUUUUCUCCUGUAGCUAAAGUCGUCACCAUUCGGAUCUUUAUUGCCUCAGCUACUUCUAAAAACUGGCCUACCUUUCAAAUUGACAUUAAUAAUGCCUUUUUACAUGGUUUCUUGGAAGAACUAUACAGAUUUCUUCGAAUUACAUGA